CACCUUAUCACACAUCAGAGAAUCCACACAGGAGAGAGGCCUUAUACGUGCACUGAGUGUGGGAAAAGCUUCAUUCACUGCUCUGUCUUUAUCAGACAUCACAGAAUCCACACAGGAGAGAAGCCCUACACAUGCUCUGAGUGUGGGAAAAACUUCACUCGGUGCUCUGCCCUUAUCACACAUCAGAGAAUCCACACAGGAGAGAUGCCCUACACAUGCUCAGAGUGCGGGAAAAGCUUUAAUCAGAGCUCUGCCCUUAUGAGACAUCGGAGAAUCCACACAGGAGAGACGCCCUACACGUGCUCUGAGUGCGGGAAAAGGUUCAGUCGGCGCUCAAGGCUCGCUAGACAUCAGAAAAUCCACAUGAGAGAGAAUUGUAAUAAAUCCCUUGACUAGGGUUGGCCAAAACAAUUUUUUAAAAAAAUCACAUUUGCUAAUUCAUAUAUAGUGAUUUUGCAUCAUCUUCAUCGUGGUCUCUCAGCUCCAUCAGAUCAGUUGCCUUCUUCUGCCUUUUGCAGCUUAUCCUUCUUUGGGGUCAGUCCUAUGAUCUUUUCUAUCAACUCCUUUCCUUUUGAGUCAUAGGAGUGUGUAUCCCUCCAGCCAGGAAUGUUCAUCAGUUCCAGGUUAGGGAGAGAGGUUUGAUCCCACCAAGCUACACUGAGGCAAAAACUACCUGUGCCUUCCAUCCACUAGGACUGUACAUGGCGUUGGCUGCUCAAGUUAGUGAUCUUGGUG